AUGGGACACCCGGCGUGGGACACCAGACAUGGGACUCCCGGCGUGGGACACCAGACAUGGGACACCCGGCGUGGGACACCAGACAUGGGACUCCCGGCGUGGGACACCAGACAUGGGACACCCAGUGUGGGACACCAGACAUGGGACUCCCGGCGUGGGACACCAGACAUGGGACACCCAGUGUGGGACACCAGACAUGAGACACCCGGCGUGGGACAUCCGACAUUGGACACCCGGCGUGGGACACCAGACAUGGGACACCCGGCGUGGGACACCAGACAUGGGACACCCGGCGUGGGACAUCCGACAUUGGACACCCGGCGUGGGACACCAGACAUGGGACACCCGGCGUGGGACACCAGACAUGGGACACCCGGCGUGGGACACAAGGCGUGGGACACCAGACAUGGGACAUCCGACAUGGGACACCAGACAUGGGACACCAGACGUGGGACACCAGACAUGGGACACCCGGCGUGGGACACCAGACAUGGGACACCAGACAUGGGACACCCGGCGUGGGACACCCGGCUUGGGACAUCCGACAUUGGACACCCGGCGUGGGACACCAGACAUGGGACACCCGGCGUGGGACACCCGGCGUGGGACACCAGACAUGGGACUCCCGGCGUGGGACACCAGGGACACCAGACAUGGGGCACCCAGCGUGGGACACCAGACAUGGGACACCUGACAUGGGACACCAGACAUGGGACACCAGACAUGGGACUCCCGGCGUGGGACACCAGGGACACCAGACAUGGGGCACCCAGCGUGGGACACCAGACAUGGGACACCUGA